AUGGAAACCCAGCUUGUGCUGUCAGGAAGUCCAGAAGAGGAUGAAGAAAACCAAAUGAAAAAUCCAUUUACAAUUUCUUCAGAUAUCGAUAUUUUGUCAAUAAGGGACAAGGAAAGAAAAAAGGCUAAGGCGGAACGUGAAAGGAUGAAGACCAUGAAAAUCCAUGAGAAAAUUACUUACUCCACUAAAAUAAAAGCAAAGCAAAAAGAAGUCAGGAAAGCUCUGCAAAAGGAGGAAAAAGAGGACAACAGAAAACAGGCAACAAAUAAAGAGAGACUGAAAACUCUUCAGGAGAGUCUUUUAUGGAAGACAGCCAUUGCAAAAGAUUACCCAUUAGUAAAGGAGACAUUCCGUGACUACAUAAAUUACAGAAGAGAGAUAUUUAUACUUGAGUAUGCCAUGGCAGUAAAGCGAGACGAGAUUCAGAGGAUGGAGAACAUAAUAAAGGAUGAGGAAAGAAAACUGGAAAAGGCUGAAUACUACCUGGAGAAGGAUGCUGCCACAUUUGAUGAGUUCCUGAAGCAGAGCCAUAAAAACUAUGUUCAAGCCCUGAAAAUUGCUGAAAAAGAAACCGCAGCAAAGAUGAAGAAAACAAAGGAGAUGCAGGCAAUCACUUCCCAAAUUGAGCACCUCCAAAGUGAUAUAUCCAGAUUCCAGCAAACUCUGCAGGAGUACAGGAUGUACAGGGACUUCCUCUAUAAGCUCUCUCCGAAAGAGUGGCAGGAGGAACAUGGAAAAAAGCACAAAAAGGAAGAGGACUUGAAAACAGCAUCCAAAGCUAAUGAAGACAGUGCCUCGCCUCCCACUGCCGCAGAGCAAGGCCAGGACCUGACAGCCAGGACAAACACUGCCAGUCCCUACAGUACUGGUUAUAUAGAUGUGCCAAGUUCCCUGGUGCCUUUGAAAAGUUUGGAAUUCAGCUCAUUGCAUGAGAUCAGGCCACAGCUCAAAAACUUCCUGAAGCCUCUAGCUACAAGAAAACUAAGUUCACUGGAGGAUGCCGAACGUGAAACCUGCUCGGAUGAAGAUGAGGAGCCCAAGCUGUACUUUACUGAUCCCCAACAACUGCUGUCUGUUUUCAAGGAGAUGGAGGAAGAGAACUUGUCCUUCACCCAGAAUUCCCAGGAGAUCAAGGAAAGUCUGGACAAGGUCCAACACACUUUCAUCACCACACAUGAAAGCAUGGAGAAGAAGUUAGCAGAGCUGAAACAGCAGGUAGUCACCCUCAAAUCCUCCAUCGCUAAGGAAGAAGAGAGAGCAGCAGAUCUGACGCUCAAAGUUCACCUGUUUUCCUCUAGAGAAUACAAAGCUGAUGACGAGGACACAAUGCUCACAAGCCUGAACAAGAAGGUGCUGGAAGUCUACUGCCACUGCACUGGAGAAAAUGAAGCAAAUCUGCAGACAGUGCAGAUGCUAAUGGUGAUAGAAAAACAGCUCAAUGAUCUGCUGGACAACUUGGAGAGAAUCCCACCAGCAAAGUUAGAACAGGCUGAGAAAGCCAAAGAAAAGGAACGGAGGAUGAGAGUCAGAGAGGAAAAGCUGAGACAACAGAAGCAGCAGCAGGAGGAAAGAUCGCGGCAGACCCUGGAAAGAUGCCUGGCAGCCGGCAGCCGUAAAAAAAACGUCUUCAACCAAAAAAGGAUUUAUCUGGACACAUACAUUGUUCAAAAGGCACAGGAAGUAAAAGCAUUUCUGAAUGACCUCGUGUGA